AUGCUGGUUCGCAUUUGCUUGCUUUUGGGGGCGGCCUUGGCCGAUGACAGUCUCCUCCAUUCAAUGGCAUCGGAUCCUUUGGCAGACCCCUCCGUCGUCCAAAAAAAGGAGCAACCACAGCAAGUGCAACAACUCCAGCAACCAGAACAACCUGAGCAGCCAGAGCAGAAGGAGUUGCCUGCCAAGGACUGGGAGCAGUAUGUGCCCACCUUUGCUCAGGGCAUGGCCCGCAAGUCGCGUGAGCCGCGGCAGCCCCGGGAGUCAAGAAGCGGUGCCCAGCCGGCCAUGUUCUUUGUUGGAGAGCAGCCUCAGCAGAAGCCACAGCAGCCGGAGCAGCGAGAGCAGCGAGAGCAGCCAGAACAGCCUGAGCAGCCAGAACAGCCUGAGCAGCCUGAGCAGCCAGAAGAGAAGGAGAACGAGAGUCAGUGCUGCGAGAGUAGGGUUCGCUUGAGCUCCGGUCCAGAUGACGUGCAGCAGAGCCAGUCGCUGGGCUUGGGGCUCCUGGCGCUGGGGCUCCGCUGGACGGCCUUCGCCGAGCUCCGCUCGCUCCGCACGCCGGGCGGAGUGCAGGGAGCGGAAAAGAGCGCAUCGUGCCAAGCGGCAGCACUGGGUGCUGAGCCCGACCGGAGAGCAUUGGAGGCUUUAGAUCGGGAGGUGCCCAGGUAUGUCCUGAAGGCCGCAGAAGGAAACGAACGACUGGCCUUAAGGCGUUGGAUGGAGACAUUGAGGUGGAGGUGUGAACUUGGAGAUGAGGAGAUCUUCAGAAGGCCAAAUCCCAACUUCUUUCGGAUCCAGCGGCAUUAUCCCACUUACCUCCAUUUGCCAGACAAAUGGGGAAGGCUUACCUACUGGCAGCAAGCGGGACGGCUGAAUCCAUCAGGACUGAUCAAUGAUGGAAUGACCGCUCCACUGGUCCGUGAUGAUUACAUUUGGCAGACGCUUUUCGCCUACGACGUGUGGUUGAAGCGCGAUGACCGGCAAGAAUGUACGAUCAUCGUUGAUAUGGAAGGCUUUAGUCUUUCAUCUGUAACUCCCACGAUGCUUCGAAUCUUUACCCUAAGCUAUUCUGUAAUCCAGAAGCACUUUCCCGAUCGGGAGCACAUGGUGGUGGUCAUCAAUGCGCCUGAGUGGUGGGGUGCCAUUUUUGCUUUCUUCAAGCCCAUUCUGCCGGCCAAACAGCAGCGCAAGCUUCGAGUCAGUACAGGAAAGGAGGAAUCUUACCGGACCCUUCGUGAGAUUCUGGAUCUAGAGAGCAUUCCAAAGGAAUAUGGAGGUCGUGGUAUUUCUCUGGGCUCAGCACCUGCUGAAUUGCUGCGGAAGAGAUAUGCUGCAGAGGGUGGAAAGAAGGGCUCCGAGAAGGACACCCAGAAGAAGAGCCCCUCCUUGCUUUUGGCCGCCCAGACCCUGUCUGGAGAGCAGCCGCAGCAGAAGCCCCAACCAGAGCAGCCUGAGCAGCCUGAACAGCCAGAGCAGCCAGAGCAAAAGGAAAUGAAGGAUUGGAACAAGUUCGUCCCGUCCUUUGUGAACGGCUUCGCCAAGGACUAUGUCAAGAAAAGUGAGGAGGAGUCCGAGAAGCGGGUGCAGAAGAGGGAAGAAAAGGAGGAGGAGAAGAAAGGCGAGAAGAAGGGUGCGGCGCCAGCGGUGUUUCUCGCGCAGUCCGACUUGAGCACUGAUGAGGCGAAGGAGGAGCAAAGCCUGCGCGCUGUCUCUGCCGCCGAGCAAGCGGAAUCGCAAGCACGAGCACGUGCUCAGGCGUCCCUGGAGAAGAUGAAGGACGCCUCCUGGAAGGACAUCAUCCGCAAGGUCUCUGACUGGGGCACGGUGGACGAGCUUUCGGCCUCCUCCACGCAGAAGGAUGCCCAUGUUUGGGAGAACGCGCUGGAAAAGCGAAUCCAGAUGCUCGACAAGUUCAACAAGGAGCAUCGCAAGGAUGUGCUGGACUUCAAUGCGUCCAGGGCGGUGGAGUUGGUCUAUGCCGUGCAGACCGCUGCGGCCCAUGUGGAGCUGAACAACCGCAGGAAAGAAGAAAGCAUGAAGUCAUCUCUGAAGUCUACCCGCUAUGCAGCCAUUCAGCAUGUGAAGUCCCUGGAGGCGGACACGCGGGACGCCGCCCACCGUUGGAAGGCAGUGGGAAAGAUGGCCGUGAAGGCCCAGAAGGCAGCUCACAUGUCGGAGAACGUCUACGAGCGCCACGAGGACGUGAUGAGUGAUGCCGCGGGCGAUGUUGCCAACCGUGCUGAGAACAAGGCUGACAGGCUCAAGGACCAGGUGAACGACUACUUUUCCCGGAUCGAAGAUGAGGUGCACAGGUCGUCCUUCGAUGCCCGCAGCAGGGAGCUCUUGAGGCAGGCCAAGGAUGUGGUCAGUGAACUGCAUGAGGUCGCUGAGCGGCUAGGUGCCCAGGCGGCCUACCAGGAGGCUGAAUCUUCCGCCAAGUUCAAAGAAGAGGAGAAGCGCUGGGAAUCGUAUCAGUCUCCCAAGAUGCUCUUUGAAGCUCCAAAUGCUUUGAUGGUGAAGAGCUCCAUGCUCUUUGCUGCAGCCGGCUCAUUCGCGCUGGUCUUUGCUUUGUUGCGGCGUCGCCAAGUGUCACGUCCACUGGACAUCGAGGCUCCACCUCUCCUUGGCUGA